UUUUUUUCUUCUUAUUUGUUCUUCAUCAUCAUCAAAUAUGGCUUCAUCAAAUAGACACUGGCCUAGUAUGUUUAAAUCCAAACCUUGCAAUUCUCAUCAUCACCAAUGGCAACAUGACAUCAACUCUUCUAUCAUUCAACAAAGACCUCCAUGCAAUCCAGAAGAGCGAAGUCCAGAGCCAAAGCCUAGAUGGAAUCCAAGACCGGAGCAAAUUCGGAUACUGGAAGCAAUUUUUAAUUCAGGCAUGGUGAAUCCACCAAGGGAUGAGAUUAGGAAAAUCCGAGCUAAGCUUCAAGAAUAUGGACAAGUUGGUGAUGCUAAUGUGUUUUACUGGUUUCAAAACAGGAAAUCAAGAAGUAAACACAAACAGCGUCAUUUACAAGCUAAAGCUCAACAACACCAGAAUAAUUCAUCUCAUCAACCUAUUAUUACUUCAUCUUCAUCCUCUUCUGAUAAAUCUUCACCAAAUUCAUUGACUUUCUCAAUUGGUACAUCGAAUGUGAUGGACUUGCUGAAUUCUCCUACUUCUUCAGUGAACCAACAGAACUAUAACGAGUUCUUGUCUAAUGAGCAGCCUUUCUUUUUCACCGUUCAACCACCACCAGUAGUACAAACUCAUGAUCAUUCCGCCAUCUCACAAGGGUUUUGCUUCCCGGAUUCAACUACUUUUUCUCCUCAUUCUUCUUCUUCGUCUUCUGGACUUUUUCUUAAUGAAUGGAUGGGGAUAAGUCAAACACCUAGUAAUAGUUCAAAGAAAGCUGAAAAUGAGAAAAUGAAUUUGCAGUCACAGCUCAUGAGUUAUACUGUUACUUCAACUGCUUCUCCUCUUGCUUCUACCACUAUUCCAACCAUUGGUCACAUUCAAGGGGUUGCUGUGGACCCUAAUGAUGCAGGUCCCACAAGAUCGACGGUGUUUAUCAACGACGUUGCUUUUGAGGUUGGGAUAGGACCGUUUAACGUGAGGGAAGUGUUUGGUGAAGAUGCGGUGCUUAUUCAUUCAUCUGGUGAACCACUUAUUACUAAUGAAUGGGGUAUCACAAUUCAGCCACUCCAGCAUGGUGCAUUUUACUACUUGCUUCGCACGUCAAGUAUUGCAUCGACUCAUCAUAUAUAACGAAGACAUAAUUGAUUCGAUUUGUUGAUGUUGAAGAAGAGAUGGAU